UUUUUUUUUUUGUUUGUUAGCUGCACUUUAAAGAGUUUGAAGGCAGCCGGAGGCAGAUCUGGGUCACACAGUGGAAAGUGCAAACAAACUACGAAAGCGUGCGACCACAGAUAAGCUUUAGUGUGAUUUACAUUUACUGGAACUACCGGGGUUGUAUGGGAAAAUAAACCCACCUAAACUGAGGUCACACGGGCCUGAAUUCAUGUUAAUGAGAUUUGGUCCGUGCGCGGAGAAAGUGUGUUGAGGAAAAACGAGCGUGUGACCCCGGAAAAAAAGUCCGUGAAGCCCUCAUCACUCGUUACCGAAAUAAAAACACGUGUUCGCGGCGCUUUAACAGCGUCAAGAGAGAAAUACCAGGAUGUGUGUUUUGAACGUUUAGGGACGCCGUACUAGCCUGUGAUCAUUUAUCAAUAAGGUGAUUAGUUACCAAGAAAUGCAGAGAUGAGUUUUAUCUUUUGAAAGUUCAAAGUCGGUGAAAGGUGUCAUUUCCUAUUUCCCUCAUCUGUGUUGACUCCCGGGUAUUGAGCAACAGCUCGCAUCUAGAGAAAAGUCCCCUGUGUGGGAGACACCGUGUCAUGAAGCGAAUCAAAAAGGCUCCAAACACGAGUGUGGGCUGAUAUGACAAAAUGUCCUGAGAAGCUCUUAAAUGCAAAUACAACAGCUCUGACGUUUGGCCUGGUCACCUUGGUGUGAAAUGAUCAGAGUUUCAGACGCAGCUAAAACCUCACACACAUGGACUUCAGGAGGAAACGACCCGAUGAUGCUGCCCACUUCGGUCUACCCUGCCUGUGCACCCAAUAAUCGCCACCAGAGCAGCAGCCGCCACAACACACCUGAAGAGGACGAUGAGACCAUGAGCUCACAGGAAGCCAGCGUCGUCCCCAAAAUGGACUCCAACCUUGAUGGCCACCAACACCAAUCCCAUCCCCACCACCACCAUCACCACCACCCUCCCCACCCCCACUCUCACCACCACCAUCCAGACCACUCCACUGUCUCUGAUGACGCCCUGAUCGGCAGACAGAAGCUGGACAGAGAGCAGGAGGUCAAACACGUCCAGACACACUCCCAGACCAGCCUGAGCUUCUGCUCGUCCCAGUCCCCCCGCAGCUUGCCGGCCCCGUACAGCCAGCCGACUCCGUUCCCCAGCCAGCCUCACCCGAGCAUCGCCAGCAGCUGGUCCCGGUACCCCAACAGCCUGCUGUCCUGCCUGAGCCAGAAAGAUUACUCCAGCUGUUCGGGGGAAAGCUGCCUGUCCAGACACAAGUACCUGUCCCUCCCCGACAGGUACAGCACCAACAUGAGCAGCCUGGAGCAGCCGCUCUCCCUGCACUCGAACCCGCCUUCGGCCGACCUGUGCCACCAUACCCUGUCUCCGUACUCGUGCCCCCCGCAGGGAGCUGCCUGCUGCGCGCAGUGCCCCGCAGACGCCUUCAACAGGGGGCCUGCGCUCAACAAACACCCCUGGCCUCAGUACCACCCAGCUAACAGUCCCUACGAUCCAGGUGACUGCAGACUUCCGGGGCCCGGAUUCGCACACCUCGGCCACAACGCUCCAGUGAAAGAGAAGCACCUUCCUCUGAGCACGCCGCUGUCCCUGGAGCAGAGAAGGGUGUUUGUCACUUAUGAAGCGGACAACGACAAACAUGUCAAUGAGAUCAUCAACUUUGUUGCUCUCCUGCGGCACAACGGUUUUGACACGCAUAUCGACAUAUUUGAGCAGCAGUUCAGAAGCAUAAGCAAGAUCGACUUCAUGGAGCGGUACCUCAGUGAGAAGGAGUACCUGAUCAUCAUCAUCAUCAGCCCCAAGUACUACGACACAGUGACUGCCUCCCCCGUGGGCCUGGAGAACGACGAGAGAACCUUCAACACGGUGUACAUACAUAAGCAGCUCCAGAAUGAAUUCAUCCAGAACGGGAGCAAGAAUUUCAGGUUCAUUCCCAUUUUGUUCCCCGGGGCUAAAAAGUGUCACGUCCCGAACUGGCUUCUGAACACGCACGUCUACGGGUGGCCACGCGACCGGGACGACAUCCUCCGGAGGCUGAUGCGGAUCGAGAAGUACAACCCGCCUCCGAUCGGGGAACUUCCAACCAUCGUCUCCAUCCCCUUAUACGGCUGCGACCUGAAGACAAACGCUGGACUCAAAUCCUAAAACUUGCUUCCCGGAGAGCCCGUCGUUUUCCCGGGAUAUAUUCCCCCGAGCGCCUUUUUUUUUUUUUUUUUCCAAAUGAACAUACAAAUUAUGUGCCAGUAUUGAUGUGAAGUGGAGGUACGGCGACGACAGGGACGAGCUUUUUGUUUUUUUUGUGCUUCUUGCUGCGUCAUGCUCUGUGUUUACUGGUGCUACUCUGAGUUGAUUAAACUGACGGGUGUGUUGAGUACGUGAGUUCAGAAUUUGUUUGGGCGGUAUGUUUACAGAGUGGAACAACAGCUUUCAUUUAGGACGUGUAAACAUUGACAGCCAUAUUGUGUCUUUAUUACAGGUGUCCAUUCAAAAGCCAACAGCUGUCCAAAUGAAGUCACUGAAAACAUUAACGCGCUGUCUUACUGUAAUGUUUCCUAUGGCCCUUGUCCCCUGGUCCGCGUUGUUUAAAGAGAAUUUAAAGAAGUUGAAGGUUUUUGACUGGUUAGUAUUCACUGAGGAUUCUUACACAACUGUCUAAAGGAGUGCUAUUAAAUUAUGUUCCAACUAAA